AAUCGAGUUCUUAAAAAACGCUAUUCUUUUUUUGUUGUAUUGUUUUUUCUUAACAUCCUGGUCGUCUGCCUGACUUAUCUUUUGCAAAGAAAAAGAAAAAAAAAAUUUUAAUUGAGGCGAAAGUUUUACAUAAUUUUGAGUAUUAGUGCCGCCAUAAGCAAAGCAGAACAAAGUACUCAUUGUAAUUUGUAAUUGGCCUUCGCUCACAGAAGGUAGCACGUGUUUUAAACUCAUUGCUUUGAUGAAAAUUGUGCUUCUUCACCUAACACUUCUGGGAAUAUCGUUCAGUGGAAAAUGUCUAUUCCAAUAGAUUCUUCAUCCUCAAUCACAUCAACUAAAAGCAAUGGCAGGAAAUCCUGCUCAGAUUUUAACAUUCUAUCUCCGUUGUUAAAGGAACCUUUCAAAAAAGGUUGGAAACGUGAAGUUGUCUACAGAGCCAUUGUUGGCAAUGAAAGAAGAAACAUGUGUGAUAUUUACUAUUUCACCCCAGAUGGGAAGAAGUUAAGAUCUGGGAGAGAACUUUCAAAUUAUUUGAACGGUACAAACAGCUCUUUUAAAUUAGAAAACUUCACAUUCUGCAGAGAACCUAUUGGCAUGGAUGUUAAACAUGAGGUGUUGCGUUUUGCCAGGUCAAAAACACAUCAAGAUGAAGAAGCAAGCAAAUGUGCUUUAAUCAUGAAUAAUGAAACAGUACGGACUCGUCCCAAAAAAGUUCUACGGCGUAGUUACCAAAAAGAGGACGACGAGGAGAAAGCACUGACGGCGAAAGAGUCAACAUCGAAGGCUAGUGCCCCAGUAAUUGGCGAUAAUAAUACUUCCUCCAAGCGUAACCAUACCAGACUUCGAAACACCCGUGCCCUAAUCCACAAAACAAUGCAUUCAUCCGAUUUAACCUUAACUCUGCAUAACUCAAGUUGUAAAUCCGAUAUUGGCUAUACCUCUGGACAAAGUAACAUUGAAGAAAGUUUUAAGUCACCAGUUUCAUCAGCUUCACCGAACCAGAUUUAUGAAGAAAAAACUGAAUCCCCGGUUCAGCAGUCAUUGGCCCUUACUCUGGAGUCGCCCGAAACGCUGCGGGAACCACAACCACACAGUUUGCCUCUUAUUACCCUUCUUCCAUGUGGUACGACUCUGGUCCUUUCCGAUUCGCAAAUCAUAACGAUCAUUUCUUCGAACAUCAACUCAAGUAUUACUCCAGUGAGAAGAAGUGAAACGAUUUCACCGAAGGUUUCCUUACCACCUGUUACCGACCUAUCUCAACUAACUGAUUUAUCAUCUGUAGCUUUUUUGAGUCCGAAAGCAGUCACCUCUUUGAAUAGUACGAAAUUCGAACAAUGUGCAAAAUCAAUUCCUGGUAGCACUCCGAUUCGCAGAAUUUUGUUACCGAAGACGGAUGGAUUCACGGUUCCUCGUUUUCUACCAGGUUAUGAAGGUCAGGUAUCGCUAGCUCCAUUUGGAACUGUUAACCGUAAGCGGUCGUAUUGGGCUAGUAUAGGUCAAGCAAUAAUCGAAGAGGGAUUGAAGAAGGCUAUGCUUGCACAUGCGUGCCCAACAAGUGGAAUGGUAGAGGAAACUCCUGUCCGUGUGACGGAAAAGCGUAGAAAACAUGUACCCAAAAGAUUUCAAGACGUUCUAAGACCUCCAUCACCAACAACUACCGUCCAAUUGACUUGUAAAGAUUAUUUUGCACUUCGUAAACAGCGUCGUCAACAGCAACUCUUUAGCCAAUCUUCCGUCACUGGAAGCAGUAUUACAAGCAACUAGCAACCAUGUUACAAACAAAUCGACAAAGAAAACUUCGAGCUAAAAUGAUGAUAGAAAAAGCUUUUCUAAUCUCCUGUGGUUAGUUCCUGAUCCAAAAAUUAGCAUUUUGACGCCUCUACUUAAGCCACAUCUUUUACUCAGAUUCCCAAGACAGUGACCCUGUGCUACUCCAAAUGCAUGUUCUUAAACGACAUCAGCAGUCAUUAAAACACCUACUUGAAGGGGCAUUUCCUACUAGCAUGGUAACAUGUUCACUUAAAAGCAAUUGGUACAUGCCUUGUAUCUACCAAUCCAUUGUUUUUCGUUUUGAGCAUUAUGUCCCGACAAGCAAAGUUAUUUUCAAUUUAGCCGUUUUUGAGACUGCUUACCUGGACUGCCUGCUGAUUUUAAUUUUAUCUUGUGCAAUUUUUUCACGCUAAUUCAUUUUUUCGUACCUACCUUAUUCUUUUAACAAACUGAGGACAACUAAUACUUAGUAGACGGAAGGGAAAAAAUUCUCUGUAUUAUGGGACAGGGAUUCAUUUAAUAUAAUCAUGUAUGUUGUAUUAAAUAAUAUUUUUAGUCAUUUCGGUUUUGCCUGUUCUGAUGUUGGUAAACGGAACAUUGGAUGAGUGAAUAGAAAAAAGCAUGUCGUAAUUCGAAAUUGACCAUUGUAUCGAUGAUGCUAUGUAGUCAGCCAUGUGAACGCUGAAAAUGUUACAAAACCUUUUUACUUAUGUUUAUGUAUUUUGUAUAUGUCAAUUGAUUUUUGUUACCUUUUUGAAAUCCUACUGCAAACUCUGCAAAUAGCCAAAUGAAAAAACAUGUGUAAAAUGUAAAGUCAAAUGUCAAAUAGUAAAAGUAAAAAUUUUUUAAUGAAAAA